GUCCCACUCGAUCUCCCCCCAUCCUCCCCUAUCGAUCGGGCGGCGACGGUGACGACAACGACGACAAUGACAUUGACAUCGGUGAGGUCGUCGAUGAAGACCUCGCUGUGUGUUCUUCUUUGCAUCCUCGUCUCAUUAGAGGUGGGGUUGCCGCGGUGCACGGCGGCGCUGGGGAUAAACUACGGGCAGGUGGGGAACAACCUGCCGUCGCCGGCGCAGGUGGUGUCGCUGCUGGCGUCGCUGAGGAUCGGCAAGGUGCGGAUCUACGACGUCAACCCGCAGGUACUGGCGGCGUUCGCCGGGACCGGGAUCGAGCUCAUCGUGACGGUGCCCAACGACCUGGUGCAGCCGCUGGCGGCGAGCCCCGGGCAGGCGCUGCAGUGGGUGACGUCCAGCGUGCGGCCCUACUUCCCGGCGACGCGGGUGUCCGGGAUCGCCGUCGGCAACGAGGUGCUCACCGACGACGACGAGACGCUCAAGGCCAGCCUGGUGCCGGCGAUGCGCAACCUGCACGCGGCGCUGGCGCAGCUCGGGAUGGACGGCUACGUGCACGUCUCGACGGCGAACUCGCUGGCGGUGCUGGCGACGUCGUACCCGCCGUCGCAAGGGGUGUUCACGGCGGAGGUGGCGCCGCUGAUGGCGCAGUUCUUGAAGUUCUUGGCGGAGACGAACGCGCCCUUCUGGAUCAAUGCCUACCCUUACUUUGCCUACAAGGACGACCCUACCAGGGUGUCGCUGGACUACGCGCUGUCGAACCCGUACCACGUCGGGGCGGUGGACCCGUACACGCGGUACCAGUACACGAGCAUGCUGUACGCGCAGGUGGACGCGGUGGCGUUCGCGGCGGCGCGGCUCGGGUACGGCGGCGUGCCGGUGUACGUGUCGGAGACGGGGUGGCCGUCGAAGGGCGACGCCGACGAGGUGGGCGCCACGGUGGAGAACGCGCGGGCGUACAACCGGAACCUGCUGCUCCGGCAGGCGGCCGGGGAGGGGACGCCGCUGCGGCCGCGGCAGCGGCUGGAGGUGUACCUCUUCGCGCUGUUCAACGAGGACAUGAAACCCGGCCCCACCUCCGAGCGCAACUACGGCCUCUACCAGCCCGACGGCAGGAUGGUCUACAACGUCGGCCUCCUCCAGCAGCAGCAGCAGAGCACCUCCGCCGCCUCGCUCUCCCUCGCCGCCUCGCCGGCAACCAGGACCACGGAUGCCAAGAAGAACUUUGGUGGCCUGUGUCUCCUCUCAUCCAUGGCAAUCAUCCUACUGAUCUCCCAGGCUUUCUUACUGGGAUAGCAGUGCCCAAAUGCAAGCUCAACAUUAAGGGGGAGAGCUUUUGGCAUAAGCAAAAUGGCUUUGACUAUUGUGAAACCAAAAGCCUCUCCAAGACCAAAGGGAAGAUGCACCAUUUCAAGAAGGCAAAAGGAAAAUUAAAGCUAGCAGCUGUUGCCCAGAGGAAAAGCUGGAGAGAGGCCACUUUGGGAUGUGGAAGGCACUAUCUUGGGGUUGGCACAGAGUGUAAAUAGAUAUCAAAAUUUAAUUAAUAUGUAUAAUAUGUGUGUGACAAGCCCAUUUUGUGUCACACAUGGACAUGCACUUUAUUCCUUAAAUUAUUUAUUUUUCCUGCAACAACAAAAAAGAGGAGGAGAAAAAGAGGAGAGAAGGGAAUUAAACAAAAUCAAAUGGAAAUAUUCUGAGGGAGAUGUGAAGAGGAGGUAAUGGAGAAAAAAGGGGUGGCCUAUGUUGCUUGGGAGAUUGGCUUUCAGAGGCUGCCUUUAUUCUCUUUGCCCUGCCAAACUGUGGUUGGGGCUUUUGGCAAUGCCGAUGUACAUAUGUGAUUGAUUCGUUUAAUUAUUUGUUGGAGACUCCCUGUAGCUGGAUUAUCAGUUGAUGUGAGAGGUCAGCCACUGAUGUAAAUACCCGAGACAGAAACAAAAUUAUGAGCAUGUUUAUUGCUUCUCAUUAGUUGUAAUUUG